GAUGGCCGCUCAUGAAGACGACGACUUUUGUGAUGAUCAGCUGGAAUCUUUACUUUCAUUUCCUCCAGAAGUUCAAGAAGCCAUUGAGCAGGUUCUUCCCAGCAAUGACCCAUUAGAUAAACCGGAUUUCAAUCCUGUGGACUACAUCAACACUUUAUUCCCUACAGAGCAGUCCCUUUCCAACAUUGAUGACAUUGUUGGGAAAAUACGGCACAAAAUUUGGAAUCUGGAUGAAGAAAUCCGUGUGGUAGUGCGAGGACAAACUAAUGUUGGUGAGGAGGGAAGACGAGCUCUUGAAGAAGCUCAGCAUGCCAUCCAAGAUUUGUUCACGAAAAUCAAAGACAUAAAGGAUAAGGCGGAAAAGUCCGAGGAAAUGGUGAAAGAAAUUACUCGUGACAUCAAACAACUAGAUCAUGCCAAGAGACAUCUGACAUCGUCGAUCACCACGCUCAACCAUUUACACAUGCUGGUUGGAGGAGUGGACUCUCUCACUACUCUUGCGAGACGUAGACAGUAUGGAGAAGCUGCAAACCUUCUUCAAGGUGUUUUAAAUGUUCUUGAUCAUUUCGAGAAAUAUAUGGAGAUACAGCAGAUCAAGCUGUUGGCUGACAGAGUCAAGCAUCUCCAGACAGAGCUGGGAACACAGAUAAUCGCUGACUUUGAGGAGGCUUUUCAAGGGGUUGGUGCUAAGUAUGGGCCCAGCAAUCAGAAACAGCUGCAUGACGCUUGCUUGGUUGUGGACAUCCUUGACCCUAAAGUGAAACGGGAUCUGUUGAACUGGUUUGUCAAGCUGCAGCUCUCAGAGUACGUUGUUCUCUUUGCAGAAGACCAAGACGUUGCUUGGUUAGACAAAAUUGAUAGACGCUACGCAUGGAUCAAGAGAGCGUUAGUCGACUUUGAGGAGAAGUUUGGUCACCUUUUUCCUCCUGACUGGGAAGUGAGUGAGCGAAUUUGUGUCGAGUUUUGCCAUUUGACACGGAAAGAAUUGGCGAAAGUGAUGCAGCGCCGACAGAUGGAACUGGAUGUCAAGCUGCUUUUAUUUGCAAUCCAGAGGACCAGCAACUUUGAGACUUUGAUUGCCAAGCGGUUCACCGGCGUCACCAUGCAGAAGUCACAGGCACAGACUUCAUCAAAUGCAGUAAUGAAUAAGUUGGAAGAUUCCACAAACCCCUUUGAAGAGCCAUCUACAAAUCCAUUUGAGCAGCCUGGUUCUGAGAAUUCAAAUGUUCCUGAAGAUAAUAAGGCAUCCCAAGAAGCAGUCUCGCCCUUUGCUGGCAUAAUCUCUCAGUGCUUUGAGGCUCACUUAAACAUUUACAUAGAAAAUCAGGAUCGGAAUCUGGCAGAGCUAAUCAACCGCUUCCAGGUAGACAUCCAGACACAUGGCACGCCCAGCAUGGACGGAGAGGAGAACAGCAACGUGCUGCCCAGCUGUGCUGACCUGUUCGUGUUCUACAAGAAGUGCAUGGUCCAGUGCUCCCAGCUCAGCACUGGUCAGCCUCUCAUUGACCUGACCAAAACAUUCCAAAAAUAUCUGAAGGAGUACGCUCACCGCAUUCUCCUGGCCAAUUUGCCCAAACUGAGCAAAGAGAGCGGCACCAUCACGUCAGCCUCAGGUCUGAUACAGAGCAUCCUGAAGGAAGGGGAGGUGACCAAACUGACGGAGGAGGAGCAAUGCCGCAUCUGCAGCCUCCUGUGCACGGCUGAGUACUGCAUGGACACCACGCAGCAGCUGGAGGAGAAGCUGAGGGAGAAGGUGGACGCUGAGCUCAAGGCUGCUGUCGAUUUGAGCUCGGAGCAAGACAUGUUUCACACUGUGAUAUCCAACUGCAUCCAGCUGUUAGUACAAGAUCUAGAGACAGCCUGUGAACCAGCACUUACAGCGAUGACCAAGAUGCCGUGGUCCAGCAUUGAGGCUGUGGGUGACCAGAGUGGCUACGUGACUGCCGUGACCAGCCACCUCAAACAGAACAUUCCCAUCAUCAGAGACAACCUGGUGUCCUCCCGGAAGUACUUCACACAGUUCUGUGUCAAGUUUGCCAACUCUUUCAUUCCAAAGUUCGUCGGCACAUUGUACAAAUGUCGACCUUCCAACACUGUCGCGGCUGAGCAGUUGCUUCUGGAUACUCAUAGCUUGAAGACGGCUUUAUUAGAACUGCCAAGUCUGGGAUCUCAGAUGUCGAGGAAAGCACCGGCAAGCUUUACCAAGAUAGUUGUGAAAGGGAUGACCAAGGCAGAAAUGAUUCUCAAGGUUGUAAUGUCGCCUCAACACCCCCCUCAAAGUUUUGUGGACAAUUUUAUCAGACUGCUCACAGAUGCUGAUAUAAAUGAUUUCCAGAGAGUGCUUGAAAUGAAGGGCGUGAGACGAGGCGACCAGAGCUCCCUGGUGGAGAUGUUCCGGGCCCGGGUGCCUGUAUCUUCCCUGCUGGCCAGCACCAGCCAUGGGGGACUAGCCACCUCGCCCAGCGGUGUCAGCGUGAGUCAGCAGCCUGCCACGCCCGAGCCAGAGUCCAGCAGGAUACGCAAGCUAGAGAAACUCAUCAAGAAAAGGCUGUAGAUAUUGGCGUUGUUUUUCAAUUAUGUCAGUUCAUUGUUUUUGAAGCUGAGACUUUGUGCUAUUGAGGCUAGAGAGGUGAGCAGAGUAAGCCUGAUUCCUCAUUUGGACUUCUCUGUUGAC